CACCACUCCACCACAGCAGGCGGCGCUGUGCCAUAAACCGUCGACUUGGAGUCGAGCGAGAGACGAGGAACAACUGGCAUUUUGCCUUUCAAAUAAUCACAGUCGCGAACCAGGCGCCCACUGUCCGUCAUCUCUGCUUUUGUUCAAGUGCUUCGCGAGAAAGAUUCUCCGCACCAAACCGAAGAGUGUGGCACCAAUACGCCUGAAGUUGUGAGCGAGAAGCUGCAGCGUGAUGGAGGUUGAGAAUAAAGAAGCAACCGAGAGCCCUGUGCCCAACGGCAGCACCCACCCACCCAAACGUGGACGAGGCAGACCACGAGGGUCCCUCAAUAAGAAGUUCCCUACCGAGAAAGCGCCGACACACAAUGCCAGGCCGUCUAAGAAGGUGGACUUCUUUUCUCCCGACAUAGUCAUAAAGAACAAGGUGAAGAAACGUGGUCGACCAAAGAAGUUAAAAAUGCCCGGCAGGCCGAGAAAGAUCCCGCUCACGCCUGAGGAAGAAUCCGAGAGACUUCAGAGGAUGAGUUUACAGCGCAAGCGGAGACUGUCAAAGCCGCUCGGAAGACCACGCAUUCAUCCCAUCGCUGAAGGAUCCAAGGCUAAAAGAGGAAGAGGCAGACCACGAGGGUCCCUCAAUAAAAAGUUCACUGACAAAGACACCGAGACCAGUGUGAAGAAACGUGGUCGACCUAAAAAGAUAAAACUGCCCGGCAGGCCGAGGAAGAUCCCGCUCACACCGGAGGAAGAAUCCGAGAGAAUUCAGAGGUUGAGUUUACAGCGCAAGCGGAGACUGUCAAAGCCGCUCGGGAGACCACGCAUUCAUCCCAUCGCUGAAGGAUCCAAGGUUAAAAAAGCAAGAGGAAGACCACGCAAGUACGGCACCAAAUCCACUUCGCAGAGUGGUGGAGCCAAACAAGCUGCUGCUGAAGCCAGCCUUGAUGCUGCCAGCGGCCCUCCACGAAAGAGAGGGAGGCCAGCGGGCUCGGUGAAGAAGAAGAGGGGUCGGCCCGCAGGUUCUGCCAAGGUUGCAAGCGGAGACAGUCAAACCCCCGUGGAAGACCAAGCAUAAGUCCCAUCAUCGAAGGUCCCAAGGUAAAAAGGGGAAGAGGAAGACCUAAGUAUGGCGCUAAAUCUAGUUCGCAAAGUGGCAGAGACAAACUAGCUAGCGUCAAAAUCAGCCUUGAUGUCGCCAAUUGUCCUCCACGAAAGAGAGGGAGGACUCAAUGUCUUGUUUUAAUGGAUAAAGUAGAGAUAAUCUACAAUUGCAAAUUGUGUUGUGAAAGAUGGGAAUAUAAAAUGCUGAAGAAAUCAUAAAAAAAAAAAAAAAGGUUUUGAGUGAGAUGAGGACUAUUAACAUUUACAACCUCAAGUUUUUCCUUAUUCUGGGCUUGAAGGAUGUUCCCCAGCUCUCUAUAAAAUCUCACUAUAAUAGAGAAGUUAAGCACCCAUCAGAAACUAUAGACUAGUUGUUUUUCACUUUAUGUAUUUUGAAAAUCCAGCGUGCUUUUCUACUCUGAUGUGCUGGAUGGACUUACUGUCUUAACAGGAUACGAGUUUAGUCACGUUAUUUGAUAGAAUAUCAGCCAAUUUACAUUCCCUCAUUCAUCAUCAUACGUUUUAAUGAGUAACAUACAAUAAAGGCAAUCGUGUUAUAUGUACCUGUCUUUUAUUGAAUAAAAUGUUAUACUUUU